AUGUUUCCGGUGCAAUUAUUGGUUGUUUUAUCAACGAUGAUUAUUAUUAAUCAGGCAGCAACAUUGAACUACAAGAAUCUGAUAUCAGUCACACCAAGUUAUGAAGAUUAUAAGGAGGCAUAUAAAAUGAUUAGCGACAAGACAAAUUAUAAUUCAAAUAAAAAUUCUGAAAUCGAAGCUUCAUAUGAUUUUAAUACAACAGAUUCAUAUGGAAAUAUCAUAAAUUCAAAUGAAACUGCUUUACCCAUGUUAAAAAGCUUUCCUUUUGAUCUUGUUGGAUCAAUUUUAAGUAUUGCAGUGGAUACUCUCGGAACUAUGUUGAACAAAAAAAAAGAUUGA